GCGUUGCCGGGUGGCUUAUGCAAAUAUACGUAGAGACUUCCUCCCGCUGCGUGGCUUGUCCCAGAGGCGUGUCUAGAGCGUGCCGGGAGAGAAGGCUCGCGCGACAGGGAGAGGACGCGGGAGCAGCUGACGGUGACUUUGCUUAUCAGCCAUGAUUGUCUUACCCCCGGGACUGACAGAUGAAGAGGAGGCUCUGCAGAAGAAGUUUGCCAAACUCAAGAAAAAGAAAAAGGCCCUCAUGGCCUUGAAGAAGCAGCAGAGUUCAACCAGCCAAGCCAGCCAGGGAGGAAUUAAACGCUCCAUCUCUGACCAGCCGGUCGUGGACACGGCCACAGCCACGGAGCAAGCCAAGAUGCUCGUGAAAACGGGGGCCAUCAGCGCUAUCAAAGCCGAGAACAAGAACUCGGGGUUCAAGCGCUCUCGCACGCUGGAAGGGAAGCUGAAAGAUCCCGAGAAAGGACCAGUCACAACUUUCCAACCUUUUCAGCGCAGCAUCUCUGCAGAUGAUGAUUCUCAAGAGUCACGGCGUCCCCAGAGGAAGUCUCUCUAUGAAAGCUUUGUGAGCUCCAGCGAUCGCCUGCGGGAUACAGAGAAGGAUCUAGAAGUGGGCAGGGAUCCGGACAAAGAGCCAGAGCAGGGGGAGAACCUCCGCAAUUUCGAGUGGGACUAUGACCGUGAUCGCAGCCGGGACCGGAGCAGAGAGCGUGACAGAGACCGGGAUCGAGACCGGGACAGGGAUCGGGACCGAGACAGAGACAGAGAGGGCAGCUUCCGCCGUUCGGAUUCAUUCCCGGACCGACGUGCUCCGCGCAAAGGGAACACGGUGUACGUCUACGGGGCGGACAUGAAGCAGAGCAUGCUGCGCACCGCUUUCUCGGCCUUUGGGAACAUCAUUGACCUCUCCAUGGACAAUCCCCGCAACUGUGCUUUUGUCACCUAUGAGAAGAUGGAGUCUGCGGACCAAGCCAUUGCUGAGCUCAACGGAAAGGUGGUGGAGGAUGUUCAGCUGAAAGUCAGCAUUGCCCGCAAGCAGCCCAUGCUGGACGCAGCCACCGGCAAAUCGGUCUGGGGGUCUUUGGCUGUGAAGAAUAGCACCAAGGGCUCUCACCGGGACAAGCGAUCCCAGGUCGUUUACAACGAAGACAUCUUCUGAGGCCUGUGGGACAAUCCCCAUUUCGAGUGGUGGGGUGUUUCUUAAAUGUUUGCUUUUUUUUGUUGUUGUUAAGAUGUGCAAAUAAACAUUGCCUGUGUCUUCGAAAAAGCA